AUGCUACUUGUCAGAAUAAUGCCAUUUAUAUGUAUCUGUCCAAAAGGAUUUAGUGGAGAAAGAUGUGAAAUAGUUGAUAGUAAAAUAAUUCUAUCAUUUCAUAAAGAUAUUAUUUUACCACAAACAAUGUUUGUUCAUUUUAUUCGAGCGAUUGAUAAUGGUUCACAUGAAAAUGGUUCUACUUUCAAAACUAUUGUUACUAAUCAGAAAUCAAUUAUUAUUCAAUGGUCAUAUCCAUUUCAUGUUGCUUUUGUUGAUUUUUUUCAAUAA